AACGACUGUCAGAUCAAGCUUGACGCCUGGCGGGGCAGCUGCUGUUCGGCGAGAUGGCCAGCUCCGAUGGCAAGAAUGUGCCCCUCUUCUACGCGCGAGAGGGGCCACGUAUGCUCUCGGACAAUGAGAUCUCUCAGCUGUCCGCGGCAGAAUGUAACAUGGCGUGCGAUCAGAUUGACCAGAACAUCCUCGGUCUGCUGCAGAACAUAGACGAGAACAUCGUCAGAAGCUACGCCACCAUCACAGAAGCCAUCCUGCCAAGCGUAGAGCGGUACGGUCUCGCUAGCAAGGCAAUAUGGGACUCGACCAAGUUCUGGAAAGCUUUCUUCGAAGCAUCUGCAGGUAUCAGGCUCACAGAUCCGCUCGAGGUGGCUCUCGGCGCACUGCAGAGCGACGACGAGACAGAGACAAGCACAAAUGCCAAUCUCACGCUCGACAGCCAAGACGACGAGACCGUCACAGUCGAAAGGACGACACCCAUUGGAGACGAGAGCGAAGCAUCGAGCGCAACGCCAGCCAGACCUAGCUGGGCAGAGGAUCAAUCUCCCUUUGACCGCUUACAGCGAGAUCUGGCGACAGAGCCACGACCCGUCACGGCACCACGCGACGUACGAGGCUACAAGGAUACGCUUUCUCGCCUGGCUGAGCUUGGCGUUGACUCACCCGAUCCCGUGCCGCCCAUGCUUGAGACAAUGCAGUUUGACGAUAGCACAACGCGCGAUUCUGCUUCAAAGGCUGCACCGAGCCCUAAAAAGCGGACAAUCAACCCGAUACUGUACCAGACCAUUCUCAAUUCUGCCCGCAAGCAACAGGCCGCACAUAGAGAUCAAUCUUCGUCGCCAGACAGUCCGGCAGCAGACCCUGUCAAACCGGCUAGCCGGCGUGCAUCUUUGGCUCGCAAGAAAGUCGUGUUCCCUGCAGAUCUACCAGCGGACAAAGACGGCAGAUGGAACGGCAUCGCUGAUCUGUCAGCUGUAUCUCUGACAAGUCUCGAUAGUCCUGUGAGAGUCCAGCAGAAAUCAGCGAGCGCACCGACGCCGACAUCGCCUCGGUACGCUCAAGACACUUUCGCAUCUGCCACUCGAGCGACGUCAUACACACCCGGACGUCGGAAAGCUCAAGACCGAGUCGGACUGUCGCCAACGCCAGAUGCGACCCGGACGAGUCAGACGCCGGCAAAGGAAGGAGCAUCACGAUUGGCCAGAGACGUACUUGCAAGCGCCGCCCAGCGGCAUGCGAGUCCGUUCAAACCUAUGCACGAUGCUGGCCUUGGCCACCUCGAAGAUCAAGACGACUUUCGUAAUCCUACUCGAUUGGCAGACGAGAGUUGGACUUCGGAAGACGAGGGCAAUCAGAGCGCGCUGCCGAUCUUCGAUCUACAAGAAGCAGAUAAUUCAGUGUCCUUUGGCGGCCAGGAUGGUGUUCAGCUGCCUGAGGAUACCCUGUUUGGACGCAAAGGACGUUCGCUUGGGUUCGGAGCGCAAGGGCUUCGUGCGCCGGAUACAGUGGAAAGGAGAGGAUUUCAGUUACACGGGCCAAACGGAGCGGACGAGAUGCACACGCUCUACGGGGGGAAGCUGCUCGACAGUCAGCCGGCUAUCGCGAGUCCACUGGCGGGCAAGAAGACGCAAUCGGAGUACUGAUGUGCAUGAUGUUGUACAACAGACAUGCUAAUGGCUCGCGUACUUGCUUCUAUGCUUGCAUCUUGACAGAAUCCUGC